AUGCCGAUUCUCCUACACAGCCCGCUUCAGACGGGCCGCCCCUCACGGCCCCCGCCGCCCCCCCGGCAGCUGCGGCUGCCCUCACACCCCACCCACCCGCAGGGCCCCGCGUCCCCCCUACCUUCCCCGCCGCAGGGCUGGCCGCCGCCGGGUCGCUCCCCGCUGCCAGAGCACCAUCACGCCGACCCCAUCCCCGCCGAGGCGACCACCCUGCGAACACAGGGGCCCGUCAGCAGCGCAGCAAGACUUCCCCCCGUCCCUCGGCCCCCACCACCUCCCGGCCUCAGCCCCAGGCCUCCGAGCGCCGCGCUGGCGGGGCUCCGGCCCCUUCCUCCUCCCCGCCGCGCACCGGUUCCGCCCCACAGGCUAGGCUACGCCGCGCCGGGCCGGGCCUCCCGCCGCUCCGCUUCAGGCCGCGCCCAGGCCUGCGCCCCACCGAGGCGCUACCGCCGCCGGCGCUCCUCGCCCCGCGGCUCACCGGGCUUGGCCAGCCUUGGCCCCCCCGCUCCCUCCUUUGUUGCUCCCCGAGGCCGGCGGCAGCGCAUGGGCGCAACGGAAGCGCCCGAGCCCAGUUCCGGCCGCCUCCUCACGCUACCCGCCUCCCGCGCAUCUCCCCGGGCGGAGGCGGGCGCUCGGGCCCGCGGCACCGCCCGCUCCUCUCACCGCGCGCCGGCCAGGGGGAGCCGCCGCGCCCGGCCGCCCCCCGCGCCGCCCCGCCCCGCCCCGCCGCCUGAGGCGAGGCCGGCCGCCCCGUCCCGCCCCUCAGCCCCGGGGUCUCCGCUCACGCGGGGGCCGCGGCACCGCUCACAGCGGGCGAGGAGUUACUGUGGACAGGAGCCGCCGCUGCCGGUCCCGCCGCCGGGCCGAGGGACCGGGAGCAAAGCCGGUAGAGGCGGGCUGAGCGGUGCAAAAACAAACAAACAAAAAAAUGCAGCCAGGAGUAAGAAGGGGCUUCGAAAAAGUGCUUGA